AUGAAGAGAAAAUUGGAAGAAACAGAACAAGCUGAAUGUGAAAUGGCGUCUUCACGGAAAACAGCACGUUUGGAUAUCACCAUGCAGCUAGGUUUUGACACUGCCGAAGUUGUGGAUCUCCGGAAUGUUAUGACCAAGUUCCUCGCAGUUUAUGAGAAGCUAGGGGGGACAACUCUACCAGACGAGAAACCUAACUACUCUUACACCGAGAUGAUAUUCCUUGCUAUUCUGGACGCUCCAAAUUUUUGUCUUACCGCCCCUGAGAUAUACAAGCAUAUCCAGAAGAAGUUUCUGUAUUUCCGCAAUGACACGAAGGCCCAUUGGCGUAAUGCUGUAAGGCACAGCCUGUCCAAGACCAAAUGUUUUAUGAAGAUAAACGUGGGCAAGAAGACGUCAGCAACCAGCUUCCGGCCCACGUUCUUAUGGAGUAUACACCCACAGAGCUUGACGUCGUUUGUAAGAGGGGACUACCGUACGCACAAAGCUGAUAAAUAUCGGUCAGACGACAUGUUGUUGAGGGCAUUUCAUGAAGACAACACGGAGGCGUACUGGGAUAAGGUGGUCGACUCCCUGCAGGUGAAAAUACAGAACUUUCAAAUAUGUCUAGGAAUGGCUUCAGAUCCGGUUUCUUACGCACAGCAACAGGCGUCUGCUUCAACCGGAAGUGACAUCAUAUCGGGCGAAACAACGUCAGUGUCGCCAGUCAGUUUUAGCCAAGUGUUGGUGUCAUCAGAAUUACUGUCUCCUAUUGAACCAGAAGUGCAGCUUUGUCCGACCAUGGAAGUACCAGGCCGUUAUUCAUUCGUCCAGACGUGUGAUUCCCCGAUAGAUGACAGCAGGCGAAGCUCGUACGGGGAUUUCAACAGCGGUGUGUCCUUCUUGUCCGUCAGCGGAGACAGCGACUGCAGUCGGGAUGUUCAUUCAUUUUCACCAGUUUCUGCUGAAUACAACAUCUGCGACAAUGUGAAAGAAGAACCUGUCGAACCCGGCUUGUGCUAUAAUAACGUACACUCUCCACCCUCCUACGGCUACGACUACCUGUAUUAUCCUACCCUGUCUGCAGCGGAUUACGUAAGCCGGGGGGUCGUGACCUGUGGACAAAACGACGAGUUGUCUCCCUUGGAGUCCCUUACGACAGGGUGUCAUGGCUACCUCUACCCAGAUGACCCAUAUGCAACGUGUGAGAGUUACCUUGGUUAUCUGUACGAUGACCGCAUGACACAGUGUAAUUUCUCGUAUUGA